ACAAAUAUCGAGCUGAUCGACGGUUCGGGAGACAUUGACAUUAAUAUGACCGACAUCGGGCGAAACGAUGACGAAGACAGAAGCGAGGAAAGCAAUCCACCGCCAUUAAUCACACCUCCUCCUCCCAAUCCGGACUACAAAGGGCCAAAAGGUGAUAAAGGUGACAAGGGAGAGAAAGGGGAGAGCGUUAGAGGACCUCCAGGACCGCCCGCGAGUGUAUAUAUUUGCAAUGACAGACUGAUCAAAAUGCUGCAGGGUCCGCCAGGGAAGAAAGGAGAAACCGGCACGUGCACCUGCAAUGCAACAGCCCUGAUGGCGUCCUUUACGAUGCCAAAGAUGAUCCAGGGACCGAAAGGAGAACAAGGAGUGCCGGGACAAGAGGGAAAACAAGGCCAGAGAGGGCUGACGGGUGCGCCAGGACCACCCGGAGAGAGAGGACUGGAGGGACCGCAAGGUCCUAAGGGUGACGAAGGAGACAUGGGAAUACUGGGGCCGGAAGGUCCUCAGGGGCAAAAAGGAGAACCGGGUCGCGACGGAAUACCGGGUGAGAAGGGCGCUCAAGGACCUCCAGGACCACCGGGAAAGGGGGAAUUCUCCGGAUACGAUCCCAGUUGGAAACCUCGAGGCAUUUAUAGGACGGAAGGCAUUACGAUGAGACCAGGAUUGCCGGGACAAAAAGGCGAAGCUGGCCUUCCAGGAAAUCCAGGACCAAAAGGAGAGUCGGGAAUCGCUGGUGAGAAAGGUGUCAAAGGCGAAACAGGACACAGAGGUGCGAAAGGUGACAACGGGAAAGAAGGUCCGUGGGGAAUUCAGGGAUCCAAGGGUGAACCUGGUGCUCCGGGAUCACCGGGGCUUCCUGGUGCACCAGGUGAGAACGGAAGGCCGGCGGAAAAGGGUGAUAAAGGCGAUUCAGGACCAGAAGGGAAACCAGGUCUAUCUGGAGCACCUGGACCACCAGGCUUACCUGGAUUAAGCGGUCCUGGAGGAAUCACUAUCGAAGAAUCGAUGUUAAGGAAGAAGGGCGACAAGGGCGACAUCGGUGCGCCAGGAGACAAAGGAGACAAGGGCACGAAAGGCGAGAGGGGAGAUAAAGGUGACGUUGGACCAGCCGGAAUUCCUGGUGUGAAUGGCUUUCAAGGACCUCAGGGCAACAAAGGCGUGCCAGGGAAGAACGGAACAUCCGGGGCCACCGGAGCAAAGGGUGAAAAAGGUGAGAGAGGUCCACCAGGAGCCACGGCCAUAGUGAGCUCCGGCGAUUACAUCACUAUCAAGGGUGAAAAGGGCACGGAGGGCAAGAGGGGCAGAAGAGGACAUCCUGGACCGCCAGGACCUAAAGGACCACCUGGGAAACCGGGAGUGAUGGGAGAAAUUGGGUUACCUGGAUGGGUGAAUACGAUGAAAGGUCAUCCUGGAACUCCCGGACUUCCUGGACCAGGGGGGCCCAAGGGAGAAAAAGGAGAGCCCGGCAGGCCGAGUCCUUACGGAGUUUCUGUUGGCGUAAAAGGUGACAAGGGAGACGACGGGUUCCCUGGGAUUCCCGGGCAACCUGGGCGAGACGGCCAAAGAGGACCACCGGGACCACCUGGAACACCGUCCCAAGGAAAUUAUAUUCCUGUUCCCGGACCUCCGGGACCUCCUGGACCACCGGGACCACCUGGACUGUCUUUGAUUGGACAGAAAGGAGAGCCAGGAAUCGGCAGAGGUCACAUGUACGGUGAGAGGGACUACUAUGGAGUUAGACAAGGAGCUAGAACUAGUUUGGACGAAUUAAAGGCACUCCGCGAACUAAAGCAACUAAAAGAGCUCAAAGAGCAUUUAGGUGCUGCAACCGCUGCGACCAGAGGUCCUCUAGAAAGCACGACAAAAAUCGUACCAGGAGCAGUGACUUUCCAAAACACAGAAGCAAUGACAAAGAUGUCUGCUGUCAGCCCAGUUGGAACACUAGCUUACAUCAUAGAUGAGCAAGCUCUACUCGUCAGGGUGAACAAUGGCUGGCAAUAUAUAGCAUUGGGCUCGCUUUUACCAAUAACUACACCAGCACCACCGACCACGUCACCGCCCCCAGCGAAUCCACCUUUCGAGGCUUCCAACCUGGUCAACCAGAUACCCGUAAAAGCAGACGGAACAGGGUGGUAUCCACGAAUGUUGCGUAUGGCUGCUUUGAACGAACCGUUUACCGGAGACAUGCACGGUGUACGAGGAGCUGACUACGCUUGUUAUCGACAAGCGAAACGAGCUGGUCUGAGGGGUACGUUCCGUGCAUUCCUCAGCUCCAGGGUGCAGAAUGUCGACAGCAUCGUGAGACUCGGAGAUCGGGAUCUCCCCAUCGUUAACAUAAAGGGAGACGUACUCUUCAACUCGUGGAAGGAGAUGUUCAACGGCAACGGGGCAUAUUUUUCGCAGAACCCGAGGAUCUACAGUUUCAAUGGAAAGAACAUCCUCUCUGACUUCGCAUGGCCAGAAAAAGUAGCGUGGCAUGGUUCACACAAAUUAGGGGACCGGGCAAUGGACACGUAUUGCGACGCUUGGCAUUCGAGCAGCUCAGAUCGCUACGGAUUAGGAUCACCCUUAACUGGAGGACGCCUCUUGGAACAAGUUCGUUAUUCCUGCGACAACAAGUUCGCGUUACUCUGUAUAGAAGUGAGCAGCGAGACCACAAGAAAGAGGAGAAGCGUCGAGCUUGUGGAGAACGAGGACGAAAUGUCGGAGAACGAUUACAAAGAAUAUUUGGAUUCUCUGAUGGAAAACUAACCCUCCCUUCCACCUUUCUCCCUUAUUCCACCCCUUCUGUAUCAUCCCUCUAUCUAUGUCUCUGAACACACGUAAACAAUACAACAGCA